AUUUCACUUCGACAUUUUCUGUGAGCCGUCUGCUUAUUAAAUUUACGUUUCCCAAUUCUUUAUUUUGAUUAGAGUGUAAUUAUGUAAUUUGUUGGAAAUCAAGUAUAAAUUCAUUUCAUCUUUGGAAUAAUUAAUUUUAUAUACCUAAUUCCACUCAAAUGAACGAUAUGUUAUGUUUAUAAACACAUUAACAGUAGUUUAAUCUGAAAGAGUUGACUUCUAACCUCACUUGUUUAAAAUAUGAUAAUAAAUGUUUAAAAUAUGAUAAUAAAUGUGUAGAGUUUGCUAGUAAUAAUAUUAAUUAAAAAUGAGUGCUGAUGACUUCUUAGCAGAUAAUAAUCCUUGUGGGACCUAUCUCUUGAAAUUAGUUUCCAGGGGUAAUGCAAUUAUAGCGGAAUUACUUAGGUUAAAAGAUUAUAUACCACCAGUGUUCAAGUGGGACAAGAAACAAGACCAAAUCAAGUAUGCAGACAUUGUGUCAGACUUUUCAUAUUUUGAAAAGUUGGAUGAGUUUGAUAAGAAGAUUGAAAAUGAUAUGACCCUCCAGGAUCUAGAUGACGAGUUCAGAGAGGGUCAUAUCGACAUUCUGGAAAGAUUCUACAACGCGUUCGAGAGCAUACAAAAGUAUGCAUCCGAUUUGAAUGGGUACAUCGAAGAUCUCGAGGAAGGUGUCUACAUUCAGCAAACUCUGGAAUCGGUUAUACUCUGUGAAGAGGGUAAACAACUCUUGUGUGAGUCAGUGCACCUGUACGGAGUGAUGCUGAUAGUGGUGGACCUUCACAUUAGUGGCGACAUCAGAGAGCGCCUGCUUGUGUCCUAUUACCGCUACUCGGCGCAGAGGGCCAGCAGCAGUCACAUUGAUGACGUAUGCAAACUGCUCCGGUCCACUGGAUUCUCAAUGGGCAAACGGCCGCCUAAUUAUCCUGAAGACUAUUUUCGUCGCACCCCCCUCAAAGACGACCUUAUCGACUUGGUGAUCGGCCGCCUGCGUUCGGAUGACAUCUACAACCAGAUGUCGGCCUACCCUCACCCCGACCACAGGAGCACCGCGCUCGCCAACCAGGCGGCCAUGUUGCACGUGUGCCUCUACUUCCAGCCGCAGACUCUGCACAACCAGCAGGCGCGCAUGCGCGAGACCAUCGACAAGUUCUUUAACAACAACUGGGUAAUUAGCAUCUACAUGGGUCUAACAGUGAACCUGGUCGAUGCGUGGGAGCCUUACAAGGCAGCCAGGCAAGCAUUGGCCAAUACAUUGCAGCCUGACAAUAUUAAACGAGAAGCUAGCGAGUACGUCAGACAACUAGAGCAACUCAUUGAAACUCUCCAGCAUAAACUGAAAGCCGGUGGCAUAAACAAAAUGAAUGUUUUGGAGCAUAUAAAUAAGGAUAUAAAUUUAGUGAGAAAAUGCAAUGUGACUCUGAGAUGGUUGAUGCUCCAUACUACAAGCUCAUACAGCGUUAUGGAGGGCACAAAAAAGAGCAAGCAAAUCCGAGAUAUGGUAAUGGAGGUCAUACAGAAUAAUUCGCGUAUUUUUCAAUUAUUGUUGGAUACUUCGGAGUUUGAGCUUGAGAUCAAGGAACUGUUCAAAGUGUUAUUGCAAGAAAGAGAAAGUGAAUGGGAGAAGUGUAAGACUGGUAGCAUUGAAAGACUGAAAGAGCUGUCUGAUGUCUUUUCUGGAGCGAAAUCCUUGGCCAGAGUGGAGCAAAAUGAAAAUCUUCAAAAGUGGUUCGCUGAAAUAUCAAACCAAAUUGACAUUAUGAAGUUGGAAGAGCCGGUGGAGUCCAAUAAUAAAAUUGUCAGGCUGAUUCAGGCUUUGGAUGAGGUACAAGGUUUCCACCAGCUCACCAGCAAUCAUAUGGUGACCCAGUUGCUGUCGGAAACUCGAAAACUGCUGCACCAAAUGGUGCACGGCAACAACAUAAAAGAAUCGGUUCUCAUUAACUUGCAGAUAAUCGGCGAUUUCAGCUACGCGUGGAAGAUCAUCGAAACGUACACUGCGCAGAUGCAGACCAGCAUUAAGCAUGAGCCGUCGCUGGUGUCCAAGUUGAGAGCUACUUUCUUGAAGUUAUCGUCAGCGAUGGAGAUCCCUCUGAUGCGCAUCAACCAGGCUGGUAGCCUUGACCUAGUCUCAGUGUCACACUACUACAGCCAUGAGUUGGUCGCCUACAUACGGCGGGUGGUGCAUAUCAUACCUGAGUCCAUGUUCGCAAAAAUGGCCGACAUUGUCAGGCUGCAGACGCAUGUCAUCAGAGAACUGCCCACGCGGUUAGACAAGGAUAAACUGAAGGAGUAUGCGCAGCUCGAGGAGAGGAUGAAGGUGGCAAAACUGACACACCAAGUGUCAGUGUUCACAGAAGGCGUGCUGCGCAUGAAGAGCACUCUGGUGGGAAUUGUGCGCAUCGAUCCUAAACAGCUGCUAGAGGACGGAAUCAGGAAAGAGCUCGUCUACCAUCUGGCCACGGCGCUACACAACAAUCUCACUUUCAACCCCAAGUCAAAGGCUAGUGAACUGGGUGACAAACUGAAUCAAUUAGCUGCAAUCAUGGAUGGACAUCGAAGGUCCUUUGAAUACAUACAAGACUACAUUGGCAUUUAUGGACUGAAAAUUUGGCAGGAAGAAUUGUCUCGAGUGAUCGGAUUCAGUGUGGACAUGGAGUGUAACAGUUUUCUGAGAGUGAAGAUGCAUGAGUGGAAGAGCAUUCAUCAGAACAAGGCCAUUCCUAUUCCCACGUUCCCUCCAGUUGCCAGCGACCCACAGUCUGUCAACUUUGUCGGCCGGCUUGCUAGGGAACUUAUCAGGAUAACGGAUCCCAGGAGCACAGUGUACGCAGAAUCGGCAGUGGCCUGGUUCGACCAGCGAACGCAGAAGGAGGUGGUCAACCUCAAGUUCUUCGGCACAAUUCAGCGGGCGGUGAGCACGUGUGGCUUGACCGGCCUCGACCGCCUCAUCUGCUUCAUGAUCGUCACCGAGAUGCACAACUUCAUGAACCUCCUACAGAAGAAGGUGUUACGGGAGAAGGCCUGGCUGGAAGCCAUGUCCGAGAUCGCCAAGGCGUUGAGUCCUAAUUUCCUCAAUAUUGGAAACCCGGGCAAAACGUACGUGCAACUGGUGAACCGGUGCAUGAACUUGCACCGCAUUUGGCCGCAAUACUUGGACUGUGUGUUGCGUGUGGGGCAGUUGCAAUUGCUCAGGAAGCACAUUUUCUAUCAGCUCAACACGUCAUGCAAGUUUGAGUCAAAACAUCUCGCCGCUGCCUUGGAAACGCUGAAUGAGUCACUGAUGAACGACAUCAAGCAUCAGCACAAAGAUGAGAAGGCGGGCGAAGCGAGCCUGCUGGCAACUGAGCUGACCGCCUACCUGGACUGGGCGGGCAUAGGGGAGCCCCUCUCCAAGAUCUACCUGACCACCCGGAAUCCGCCCUACUUCUCUCUUAUGUCGUUCCUCUUUGUCAUCUCCCAGCUGUCCAGGAUGCAGUUUGUCACCAAUAUUGGUAAUCUAGUUUGGAAAAAGACAGGCGAACCUUUGGACGGUGUACCGUUCGUAGUGGGUCUGCAGACACUCUUCAGACACUUACAUCCUCAGGUCAGGUCUCAGUUACUGCUCUACCUGGGCCAGUAUGUCAACUCCCAUAUAAAUGCAUCUGUCAGCUCCGGAAACAAAGUGACUGAUUUAUCAUCCGAGGUGACAGUAACUAUCGCUUUUCUGAAAAGCUUUUGUUCCUACUCUGGUCUGCCGAGGUCUGCCAUCACUGAACAUAUUCCUGACCCUAUCAUCGAUUUAUUCUCCAAUGGUUUCAAUAUUAUUUAGAAUUAUUUUUGUUGUUAAAUUACUUUUUGUUAGGUCCAUUCGAUGCUUCAAUUAUUAUUUUAAAUAAUGUAUGUGUUAUCAUAUUUCAUGGAUUAUUCCAAUUGGUAAUUGUAUUUUAUUCUAUUAAUCGAUGCUUCGAAUAUUAUUUGAAAUAAUGUAUGCUAUCAUAUUUCAUUGGAUUAUUCCAAUUGUUCCAGUAAGUAUAUUUUAUUGUAUCUUUCGAAGCUUCAAACAUUAUUUUAAAUGAUGUAUGUUAUCUUAUUUCAAUAGAUUAUUCCAAUUGUUUCAGUGAUUGUAUUCUAUUGUAUUAUUCGAUGUUUCAAAAAAUUAUUUUAAAUGUAUGUUAUGGUAUUUCAAUAGAUUAUUCCAAUUUUUUCAAGUGAUUAUAUUCUAUUGUAUUAUUCGAUGCUACCAAAAAAAUUUUUAAAUGUAUGUUAUAUCGUAUUCCAAUAGAUUAAUACAAUUGUUCCAGUAAUUAUAUUUUAUUAUUCGAAGCUUCAAUUAUUAUUUUAAAUUAUGUCUGUUAACAUAUUUAAUUCGAUUAGCCCAAUUGUUCAGUGAUUAUAUUUUUUGUAUUAUAUUAUUCGAUGCUUCAAUUAUUAUUUUAAAUGAUAUCUGUUAACAUAUUUAAUUCGAUUAUCCCAAUUGUUCCAGUGAUUAUACUCUAUUGUAUUAUUCGAUGCUUCAAAUAUCAUUUGAAAUAAUGUAUGUUAUUGAAUUCUCAUGGAUUCUUCUUUGUUACAUUAUAAUGUAUGCAUUUACAUAUUAUUUUAUUUAUAGUGCAAUAAUUAAGUUAUACUUGUAUGCUUUACUUGUUAAUUAUUCCUCAUGUUUGUUGCCAUUUGUCUUCUUAAUUUUAACUCUAUUUUCUACUAGAAAUAGUUUUGUUUAGCUAUCGCAUUAUACUUGUAGCUCUCUGAUACUCUCAAUCAAUUAUUGUAAAUAAUAUGAUUCUUGUUUAGCAUAGCGCUUGUAAUGUUACAUUUUAUAUAUAUUUGUUAUUUUGUCAGUGAACAAAUAAAUAUUGUUAUACG